AUGGACGAAAGCAAAGGCCCAUUGGAUGAGAGCGGAGGAACUACUUCCGACGAGGAAGAGGAAGACGUCGAUUCCGCAGUCGUGGACGACAUUGAGAAAUUCGAGGCCAGCUUCAAGAAUAUCACCCAGCGAUAUCGCUUGAUCAAUCGCAUUGGAGAAGGCACAUUCUCCACUGUAUACAAAGCCGAGGACUUACUAUAUGACCGUUAUGCCAACGAUUGGGACCUCGAUGCCGACCAGGAUACACAGGAUAGCAAGCUCUCACACAAAUCCUCGCGUCAGAAAACACGAUACGUGGCGAUCAAGAAGAUCUAUGUCACCUCGUCACCGGCGCGAAUUCUGAAUGAGUUAGACCUUCUGCACGACCUUAAGCAUUCGCCCAAUGUCUGUCCUCUCAUUACUGCUUUCCGGCAUCAGGAUCAGGUCAUUGCCAUCCUUCCAUAUUUCCCACACAAGGACUUCCGAGACUACUACCGCGACUUCACCGUCUCAGACAUGAGGAUAUACUUUCACAACCUCUUCACAGCUGUGAGUGCUGUGCAUGAUGCCGAGAUCAUCCACCGCGAUAUAAAGCCAACCAACUUCUUAUACUCACCUGCUCAGCAGCGAGGUCAGCUUGUCGACUUUGGUUUGGCUGAGCGGGAAGGCACCGACCAUCAUCCCUGUGCAUGCGAGUGGGAGUCAAAGGACCGAGACAGGAAGGUCAGGAAUUCUGUGUAUUCUGCCACGAUUGCCGCAGCUCAGGCUGCGGGCCAGGAGCCACCGAAACCCAGUUAUCCAAAAGAAGACCACCGGUCAUCUCGACGUGCAAACAGGGCCGGUACGCGUGGCUUCCGUCCUCCAGAAGUGUUGCUCAAAUGCACGGCACAGACCUGCCUCAUCGAUAUAUGGAGCUGCGGGGUCAUCCUCCUCACAUUCCUGUCCAAGCGCUUUCCAUUCUUCCACUCGGCAGAUGACAUAGACGCCUUCAUCGAGCUAUGCAAUAUCUUCGGAAAGAGGAGAAUGAAGGAGGCGGCUCUCCUCCAUGGCCAGAUCUUGGAAUUGACACUGCCAACGGUCAGCGAGAAUGGACACAGCUGGGAGAAGGUUCUGCUAUGGUGUCUCGGCCGCAAUAAGAAAGAACAGCCUAGCAACGGCCUGACGGACGAAGAGCGUGAAGCUGUGGAUUUCAUGCAGUGCUGUCUCGAGCUUGAUCCGUCGAAACGAAUCACAGCAGAAGAUGCGCUGCAGCAUCCAUGGCUGAGACUCGAUGCAUCCGAGCCAGGAAGUGAGGAGAUGGUCGAUCUCACGAGCUCCGAGAGCCUGUAA